AUGCGUCUCGGCCCCGACGACCCGCAGUCGACGCUGACGAGCAGCUGCUGCUCGGCCGUGCACGCCAUCGGGCAGAGCCCCAGCUGCCUGUGCGCCGUCAUGCUGUCCGGCACCGCCAGGGCUGCCGGGAUCAAGCCGGAGGUCGCCAUUACCAUCCCCAAGCGCUGCAACAUGACCGAUCGCCCCGUCGGCUACAAGUGCGGAGAUUACACGCUGCCCUGA